UUCGAAGGCUCAACCCUUGUGCUGAGCAAAGCGCAACCAAUCACGGACGAGCUUUCGCUCAGCUGAUUCGCGCAGUUCACAGUUGUGCGCGGUUCAGUUCCACGCGUUGACUCCAGCACUUGUCAAGUCUUCGUCGUUGGAUACUUUUCAUUCAUAAUGGCUACACGUCUUCGCCCCCGUAAUAAACGGUGCCUCGUCGUCGGUGGGUCUGGCUUCCUGGGCAGACACCUGGUGGAGAAGCUGCUGGACCGAGGCUACUCUGUGUCUGUGUUUGACAUCUGUCAGAACGUCGAGGUUCCGGGCGUCGCCUUCCAUCAGGGAGACCUCUGCGACAAACAGGCUUUGUCGGUGGCCCUGAACGACGUGUCCCUGGUCUUCCACUGCGCCUCUCCGGCCCCCGGCAGCGACAACCGCCAGCUGUUCGAGAGGGUCAACAUCCACGGCACGCGCACCGUCAUCCAGGCCUGCGUGGAGGCGGGCGUGGAGAAACUGGUUCUCACCAGCAGCGCCAGCGUGGUGUUUGAAGGGACAGACAUCAAGAAUGGAAGCGAGGAUCUGCCGUAUGCCAAGAAGCCCAUCGACUACUACACGCAGACCAAGAUUGAGCAGGAGAAGCUGGUUCUCAAAGCGUGUGACAAAGACAAGGGUUUCCUCACUGUUGCCAUCCGGCCGCACGGCAUCUUUGGGCCCCGGGACCCACAGCUGGUUCCGAUCCUCGUGGACACGGCUCGCAGGGGCAAGAUGAAGUUCAUCAUUGGUAAUGGGACCAACCUGGUGGAUUUCACCUUUGUGGAGAAUGUAGUUCAUGGACACAUCCUGGCUGCCGAACGUCUGAAACCAGACUCACCAAUGUGUGGAAAACCGUACCACAUCACCAACGACGAGCCAGUGCGAUUCUGGGACUUCAUGUCUGAGGUGCUGGUGGGUCUGGGAUACGAUGCUCCGCGCUACCACCUCCCCUACGUGCUCGUCUACGGACUGGCCUUGCUCCUCUGGCUGCUGGCUCUGCUCCUGCGUCCCCUCGUGUCCUUCAAACCCACCUUCACUCCAAUGAGAGUAGCUCUGGCUGGAACCCACCACUAUUACAGCUGCGAGCGUGCAAAACAGGACAUGGGCUACAAGCCUGUAGUCAGUCUGAAGGAGGGGAUCGUCCGCACGGUGCAGAGCUACCCUCACCUCCGGCGAGGUUCUUGACGGAGGGGAGGCGCAGACGUGGCGGCUGUGACGGGAACGACGAUAUCUGGCUGAACGGGCAACUCCAGCUGAGGAAACACACUGUAAACUUUAUGGAAACCACCUUUUAACGCGAUGCUCCAUUUUGGCCAGCAGAUGGCAGCAAAGGGUCAUAGUUUUGGUCAGAACUCAUAGUCUGCUGCUCCAAAGUUUGAAAACUCCUCCACAACGAAGACAGUUUGUAAAAAACCUAAACUUAUUGUUCUGUAAAAACAUUAAGAUGCUGCUGUUUAUUUCCCAAUGCCUUAAAAUUACUAUCCUGUCUCUCACAGGCUGCAUGAAAAUGAUGGAUUAAACGUUGACACUUUGCCUUGAA